AUGCUCCUGGAAAGGGGCCGCGGGGGCGAGAAGGGCCAGCCCGGCCAGCCCUGCGCCUUCGCCCGCAGCCCAGAGAUCCCUCUGUGCGCGGGGUGCAGCCAGCCCAUCGUGGACCGCUUCAUCCUGAAGGUGCUGGAGCGCCACUGGCACAGCAAGUGCCUCAAGUGCCACGACUGCCAGGCCCCGCUGGCCGAGAAGUGCUUCAGCCGCGGGGAGAGCGUCUACUGCAAGGACGACUUCUUCAAGCGUUUUGGCACCAAAUGCGCGGCCUGCCAGCAGGGCAUCCCUCCCACGCAGGUGGUGCGCCGGGCCCAGGACUUUGUCUACCACCUGCACUGCUUCUCCUGCAUCGUCUGCAAGCGCCAGCUGGCCACCGGGGACGAGUUCUACCUGAUGGAGGACAGCCGCCUGGUCUGCAAGGCCGACUACGAGACCGCCAAGCAGAGAGAGGCGGAAUCCACGGCGAAGCGGCCCCGGACCACCAUCACGGCCAAGCAGCUGGAAACCUUGAAAAGCGCCUACAACAACUCCCCCAAACCGGCUCGGCACGUCCGGGAGCAGCUCUCCUCCGAAACCGGUCUCGACAUGAGGGUCGUCCAGGUUUGGUUCCAGAACAGACGGGCCAAAGAAAAACGGCUGAAAAAGGAUGCCGGGCGGCAACGGUGGGGACAGUAUUUCCGCAACAUGAAGCGAUCGAGAGGAAACUCCAAAUCUGACAAGGACAGCAUCCAGGAAGAAGGUCCGGAGAGCGACGCAGAGGUUUCCUUCACAGAUGAACCCUCGAUUUCGGAGAUGAGCCACUCCAACGGCCUUUAUGGCAACCUCGGGGAGAACUCUCCCGCCUUGGGGAGACAAGCCGGGACCAACAGCAGCUUCUCCUUGGAGCACCCGGGCAUCCCGGCCCAGGACCAGUACCACGACCUCCGGUCCAACAGCCCCUACGGCAUGCCCCAGUCCCCGGCCUCCUUGCAGGCCUUGCCCGGCCACCAGCCACUCAUGUCCAGCUUGGUCUACCCGGACGGCGGGCUGGGCAUCGUGGGCCAAGGCGGGCAGGCCAUGCCUCAGCCGAUGAGGGUGCUGGGUGGGAACGGACCCAGUUCGGACCUCUCCACGGGGAGCAGCGGAGGGUACCCCGACUUCCCAGCGAGUCCCGCCUCUUGGUUGGACGAGGUGGACCAUGCCCAGUUUUGAUACCGGACUGAACUUCUCACGAAGCCGACCCAUCCAGUUUGAUGCUGGACCUGUUUGCUCAUGGAAGGUCCAUGGAGCUGAUUCUGCCCAGUUUUGAUACGGGAUUGAAGUUCUCAAGAAGUUGAUGACUACCCAUAUUUGGUACUGGACUGAAGAUCUCAUGAACUUGACAACUCUACUCAGUUUUGAUCCUGAAGUUCUCGUUAAAGUUGGUCCCAUCCAGUCUGCUGGAGACUCAAGAGCUCAUGGAAAGGCCAUAGAGUUGACCCUGACCAGUCUGAUGCUGGACAUAUGAGCUCAUGGAAGGUCCAUGGAGCUGAUUCUGCCCAGUUUUGAUACAGGAUUGAAGUUCUCAAGAAGUUGAUAACUACCCAUAUUUGGUACUGGACUGAAGAUCUCAUGAACUUGACGACUCUACUCAGUUUUGAUCCUGAAGGUCUCGUUAAAGUUGGUCCCAUCCGGUCUGCUGGAGACUCAAGAGCCAUAGAGUUGACCCUGACCAGUUUGAUGCUGGACAUAUGAGCUCAUGGAAGGUCCAUGGAGUUGAUUCUGCCCAGUUUUGAGACCGGAUUGAAGUUCUCAUGAAGUUGGCGACUACCCACAUUUGAUACUGGACUGAAGUUCUCAUUAAAGUUGUUUUCUGGAGACUCAAAAGCUCAUGGAAAGGCCAUGGAGUUGACCCGGAUCAGAGCUCAUGAAGUUGACAACUCUAUCUAGUUUUGAUAUCAGACCAAGAUCUCAUGAAGAUGCCUAUCUCCAGUGUGCUGGAGACUUAUCGGCUCAUGGAAGGCCAAUAAAGUUGACUCUGUCCACUUUUGGUAUCAGCCUGAAGCUCUCAUGACAUUGACCACAUCUUAUGAGCUCAUGGAAAGCCCAUGAAAUUGCUUCUGUCCAGUUUUGAUACCAGACUGAAGAUCUCAUGAAGCUGACAACUCUAUCUAGUUUUGAUCCUGGUUUGAAGGCUCUCGUGAAAGUUGAUGCCAUCCAGUUUGAUGGAGCUCAUGGAAGGAUGACGACAUUGACCCUGGACAGUUUGAUACCAGAUUGAGGUUAUCAUGAAGCUGACUCCAUCCAGUUCAGACUUAUGAAUUCAUGGAUGGUUCAUGGAGUUGACUCUGCCCAAUUUUGAUGCCAGACUGAAGAUCUCAUGAAGUUGACAACUCUAUCCAGCUUUGAUCCUAGACUGAAGAUCUCAUGUAGUUGACGACUCUAUCCAGUUUUGAUCCUGGACUUAAGAUCUCAUGUAGUUGACGACUCUAUCUAGUUUUGAUCCUGGACUGAAGAUCUCAUGAAGUUGAUGACUCUAUCCAGUUUUGAUCCUGGACCAAAGAUCUCAUGAAGUUGACAACUCUAUCCAGUUUUGAUCCUGGACCAAAGAUCUCAUGAAGUUGAAAACUCUAUCCAGUUUUGAUCCUGGACCAAAGUUCUCAUGAAGUUGAAAACUCUAUUCAGUUUUGAACUUGAAGUUCUCAUAAAAGUCAAUCCCAUCCAGUUUGAUCCCAUCCAGUUUGAUGGAGGACUCAAGAGCUCACGGAAGGGCCAUGGAAUUGAUUCUGUCCAGUUUUGAAACUGGGUUGAAAAUUUCACGAGGUUGAUGUCGCCACCCAGUUGUGAUACCAGACUGAAGAUCUCAUGGGGUUGAUUCCAUCCAGGAUUUAUGAAGUUGACCCUUUCCGGUUUUGAUACCAAUCCAUGGACCUCAUGAAGUUGACCCUAUGCAGUUUGUUGUAGGCCCAUGGAGUUGACUCUGCUCAGUUUUGAUCUUGUGAAGUUGAUCCACCAUCCAUUUGCUGGAUAUGGAAUAUGGAAGACCACCAAGCUGGGUCUACUCAGUGUUGAUACCAAUCAUGACGUUGGCCACUUCCAACUUGGUGGAGGACUCGAGAAGCCAUCAAAGGCAAUGGACACAAAGCAACAUGGCUUCUACCCCAUGAUCAAGGACAAGUUCAUGAAGAAGAAGAGGAUAUGAGAUCUUCCCAACUUGAUGGACAUCCAUUGUUGGAACUCCAAACAGAUUUGUGCUUUUCUGGGUUUGUGUACGUGGGCAAGGGAUGGGGUGGGUUUCCUGACCAAGAGAUCCAAGAAUUAAGAGAUCCACGUAAACCUUCAUCCUCGAAAGGUCCAUGGACUCAACAAGUGACACACACGGACAAAACCAUUUAUAUAUAUUGAGGGAUCCCCUUCUUUUUUGGCCUCCUGAAAUAGUUUUGAGUUUUUCUGGACAAGCUUUAUCAGUAUGUUUAGAUUUCCCAAAGCCCACGGUUCCCAAUCUUUCAUUUUUCUUUGGAAAUAAGACGGGACACGGCUCUCGUCUUCAAUGGCCUUUAGAAGACUCUCUUUUGAUGAUGUAGGAAUGGGUUUAUUUCUCCCUCCUUUCAUCCUCCAGACAGAUUCAAAGCUCAUUUGCAUAAACCCCUCCCCUUUGUUGACCUUGGAAUGGUGGGAGGGCCUCCAUAUUGAUUGACAGCACAGCCGUCCAAUCAGGGCUGCUUUCAAAUGGUACCAUACCAUUGAAAGUAGUGUAUAUCUUUGUGGAUGAUGGGACAUAUGGCACCCACCCAAGACACCAGGCUCACGUCUGGAGGGAAAUACAUUGCAAUUCCAAAUGUUUCUCAAGGUUGCCCCAUUUGGCUUCCUGGUUGCCAAAUAUUCCUUUUUUUUGCCCCAUUUUCUAUCCCUUUGUCCUCGAUUGAAAGCAAAAGGCAAAACCAUCUCUGUCUCAUAACCUGUAAACACUGAGUAUUGACUGUAGGUUAUGUUGUUCUGUCUGAUGUCUCUCUAAUCCGAUACCAAUAAAUUUGUCAGAAAAAAAAGCUUUCUUGGGUCUUCGUUGGCAUAAAAAGGGCGAAUUUCUAUUUAAUUUAGCGACUCAAAGUUGGGAACAGAUCUGGCUGAGCAAACGUUAGUAACUUCUGGGUUGCUGUGAGUUUUCCAGGCUGUCUGGUGAUGUUCCAGAAG